AUGGGUAGCUUCUCUUUCCAAAACACCCAGAUAUCUAAUUUCAGAAAUACUGGAAUGAGCAGCAUCCAUGAAAGGAUACACCAAUUGGGAUCACCACCACCACACACACUAACGUAUUAUCAGCAAUCACAAUUCUGCAAGUGCAUUUGUGUAGCCAAACUGCUACCUACCACCCAUGCAAAAGAGGUGGAACUUGUUCAGAGGAACUAUGCAAAAGAACAAAAGUCUUUAAGAAAAACCCUAAAGGGAGCAAAACCCACCCAGACAGCCCAGUGUGGACCGAGCAUAUUCUGCAAUCAUGGAAUGCUAAUGGAGCAGAAUGUGUGGGCAUCUGCAAGAGAAUGA